UUCAGUUUGUCGUCAAAAUCUAUUGUGUUGUAAGCUCAAAAGUUGAUAAUAAUUGAUUGAACUUGAUUUUUGAUUUGUGGAUUGAGAAGAGAUGUUGGUGUUUCUCGUAGUGUUCUUGACAUUAAGUCUCAUUUAUUUUCUUCGAUUUCAUUACACUUUAAUUCAUGCGUUUCGUUUAUCGUGGAAAAUCAAUGGACCAACAGCUCUUCCACUCAUUGGCAAUGGAUUUAUGUUUUGGACCGAUUCCUCAGCAGAAAUAUUUGGAAUUUUUCUAAAAAUACUAAAAGCACAUGGUGAGUAUUUUCGAAUUUGGUUCGGACCCGAGCUGAACGUUGUCAUUUCGAAUCCAAAAGACAUCGAGAUUCUAUUAAGCAGUUCGCGCCAUAUCGAUAAAUCGACAAUGUAUAAUUUUUUAAAACCGUGGCUUAACGAGGGUCUCCUAUUGAGCAAAGGAAAAAAAUGGUACGACCGCAGAAAAGCGAUAACACCGGCUUUCCACUUCAACAUUUUGGAGAAGUUUGUUGAAGUUUUCGACCGUCUGGGCAAUACGGUUGUAGACAAAUUAAAAACGUACGAAGUCACCGAUGACGUAGAACUUUAUCCUAUCGCUGUAUUGUAUGCAUUGGAUGUUAUGUGUGAAACCGCAAUGGGUGUUAGCGUUGAUGCUCUUUCGAAGCCAAAUUCAGAAUACGUACAGGCAGUUAAAGAUAUCGCUUAUGUGGUGCACACUCGUAUGCAUGAUUUUACACUUCGAUUCGACUCACUCUUCAAACAUUCUAAAAUGGCAAAAACACACGAAGGUGCAUUGCAUGUACUGCACGGAUUUACUGAUGAUGUAAUACGUAAACGACGGCAAGAGUUAUUGGAGUAUAAGAUGAGUGAUAACGAAAACGGUGACCAAAAGGAUGGAGAAUACGAGGUCCUUGGCAUUCGUAAGAAAGAAGCAUUUUUGGAUUUGUUAUUGCAUUCGACCAUUGAAGGCAAACCGCUUACCGAUCUUGAGAUCCGUGAAGAAGUUGAUACGUUCAUGUUUGAGGGUCACGAUACGACUACCUCAGGUAUCACGUUUUGUUUGUACAAUAUAGCAAAACACCCGGAAGUUCAAAGAAAAUGUUUCGAUGAAAUCGCUACUGUGUUUGGAUCGGAUACAAAAGAGCCAACAACGAUUUCAAAACUAAACCAAUUAUCUUAUUUAGAAUUAGUUAUAAAAGAAACGUUGCGUUUAUUCCCUUCGGUUCCAUUCAUUGGUCGCAUUGCCAUGCAGGACAUCGAAUUGACCCAAAAUCGAAUUAUUCCAACCGGUGCGAAUGUCCUUGUUCCAAUAUACACAAUACAACGCAAUGAAAAGUAUUUCGAAGACGCCGAUGCAUUUAAACCAGAAAGAUUUUUGGCUGAACGGACUGCAGAAAAACAAAGCUCAUUCAUUUAUGUUCCAUUUUCAGCCGGACCACGAAAUUGUAUCGGACAAAAGUUUGCCAUGUAUGAGAUUAAAAGCAUCGUGUCGAAAAUUCUACGCAAUUUUGAAUUGACUCUAACUGAAGAAAGUAGCGCAUUUCCUACUCUUACAGCGGAACUCAUUUUACGGCCAGAAAACUCUAUCAAGUUUCAACUUAAACCCAGAGUAUACUAACAAUAUUUAAUUUAUGAAAAGAAUCUAUUUAAUAAACACAUACAAAAGCAAAAUUAAAA